AUGACAACUGUCCCCACUCCCACGAACCAGGUCGUGGUGUUGACGCCCAGCACCAAUUGCAAGCUCGAACCCUGCAAAUCCAAUUCGGGCCUUUUUGACGGCUCAAAUUUCUCUUCACUCACCCCCUCCAUUUCACCAUUACAUUUUAAUCUGGAUUUUCUCUCUCCAUUAACCACCCUCCCCAUAUCCUCACACCACCUAUCUUUCACCCUUUGUAGGGCGGCGCGUGUGCUGCGCUCGCCUUCGUCAAAUCGAACAAAUAACCUGGAAAUGGGUCAGGCUGCCUCCACCCACAGCUAUUCCCCCGGCGACAGCGGCGGGUCGGGUCGUUUUCGAACCCCCAACUUCGACCUCCACCACGCCCGCUCCAUAGCCGGCAAUCAGCUCACGCCGGAGGUAUUCUGCGCUAAUCAGCCGCAAAUCGACUACACGUCCGAGAUCCCCGACGAAUGCCUUGCCCUGAUCUUCCAAUCGUUGAGCUCCGGCGACCGGAAGCGCUGCUCUCUGGUCUGCCGCCGCUGGCUCGCCGUGGAGGGCCAGAGCCGCCACCGACUCGCGCUCAACGCGUCCGCGGAGGUCACCGAGCACCUCCCCGCCGUCUUCACCAGGUUCGACCGCGUCACUAAGCUCGCCCUCCGCUGCGACCGCAAGUCCGUCAGCAUAAACGACGGCGCCCUCACCCUGAUCUCCUUGCGCUGCCGCAACCUCACCCGCCUCAAGCUCCGCGGCUGCCGCGAGAUCUCCGACCUAGGUAUGCUGGCCCUCGCCACCAAUUGCAGAUCUCUGCGAAAAUUCUCCUGCGGAUCGUGUAUGUUCGGCGCCAAAGGCAUGAACGCGCUUCUGGAUAACUGCUCCUCCCUGGAGGAGCUCUCCAUCAAGCGGCUUCGGGGGCUCAACGAUGGGUACGCAGCCGAGCCGAUCGGCCCGGGCGUGGCGGCUUCCUCUCUAAAAUCGAUCACGCUCAAAGAGCUGUACAACGGUCAGUGCUUUGGCCCUCUAAUUAUUGCAUCCAAAAAUUUGAAAUCCCUAAAGAUUUUGAGAUGUUUGGGGGAUUGGGAUCGGUUGCUCGAGACCAUCACCAGGGGUAAAAGCUCUCUGACCGAGAUUCAUCUGGAGAGGCUGCAGGUGAGCGAUGCCGGCCUAAUAGCUAUUUCAAAAUGCCCAGAUUUGGAGAUCUUUCACUUGGUGAAGGCUCCUGACUGCUCAAACGAUGGAAUCAUAGCCAUUGCCGAGAACUGUAGGCUUUUGAGGAAGCUCCAUAUAGACGGGUGGAGAACGAACAGGAUAGGUGAUGAAGGUUUGGUUGCCAUUGCCAAAAACAGCAUGAAUCUCGUUGAAUUAGUGCUUAUUGGCGUAAACCCUAGCUCCGUGAGCUUGAUGGCUAUGGCUUCCAACUGCCAGAAACUGGAAAGGUUGGCUCUUUGCGGGAGCGAAUCCAUUGGGGACCCUGAGAUCGCAUGUAUUGCGGCUAAAUGCAGCGCGCUAAAGAAGCUUUGCAUAAAGGGCUGUCGUGUGACAGAUUCUGGGAUCGAGGCUUUUGCGUUCGGGUGCCCUAAUUUGGUUAAGAUUAAGGUCAAAAAGUGUAGGGGAGUUACUAGUGAGGUUGCCGAAUGGCUUAGGGCAAGGAGGGUGACUUUGUCCGUUAAUUUGGAUGCUGAUGAGAUAGAGCCUGAGGCCUUGGAUGCCAGCACGAGUGACGGGGGUGUACAGGAAUACGGCAUUGAGUUCCCAGCUGUGGUGAAUGGGCCUGCGAAUGUGGAUGCUCCAUCGACGAGUAAUGGGGCCCGCUUGCCUAAUAAGUCGAGGUUUAGCAUUUUUGCUGGGAGGACUCUUGCGGCCUGUGCCUUCCGGAGGCUUUCGGGCGGUAAUGGUAAUUCGAACGGUAGCUUGUGAAUGGGGAAGGGGAAGAAAUUUGGGUUAAGGGUGUGUUUAUGUUUUUUUUGUCUUUGUGUGUGCGUGAUUUGGGUUACGCUAUGUUUCGGACUUGCUGUUGUUGUGUUGAUUGGGUUUAUGGGUUAUGUUGUGUGUAAACUGGCGGCCACUCAAAAAACGUGCGCAUUGAGGUUCCUUUGUUUUUUUCUUUUUUUAUACCAUUUGAUGAUUUCUGUUCUGUUUCUCUUUGUUUUGAGAUAAUUUGCCUUCUUUUUAUGUGUGAUGAGUUGAUUCCUUGAGUUGUUAUGAGGAGUGAGUUAAUGUUGUCUGGUGUGAUGCCUUGUUUAUUUCU